AUGAGUUUUACUUUACCUGAGCUUCCAUACGAGCAACAAGCUCUGGAGCCUUACAUAUCCGCAAAAACUUUGGAUUUUCACUAUAACAAGCACCACAAGGGAUAUCUAGAUAAACUCAAUACGUUGGUAAAAGAUACAGACUACGAGCAUAUGGAACUUAAAGAGCUAAUAGUAAAAGCUCAAGGAGACCUCCCUAUAUUCAAUAAUGCAGCACAGGUUUGGAAUCACAAUUUUUAUUGGAGCUCAAUCCAAAAAAACGGUGGUGGCAAGCCAAAAGAAGACACUUUGAUUGCAAAGAAAAUAAAAGAUGAUUUGGGUGGUUUUGAAAAAUUCACUGAAAUGUUCUCUGAACAUGGAGUCAAUCAAUUCGGUAGCGGGUGGGUAUGGUUAGUAUUGGAAAAUAACAAGUUAAAGAUUACCAAAACUUCAAAUGCAGAUUUACCAUUAACCCAUAAUCAAGUACCAUUACUUACUAUGGACGUAUGGGAGCAUGCAUACUACUUAGACUGUCAAAAUCGCAGAGUUGAUUAUAUCAAAGUCUUUCUUGAUCAUUUAAUUAACUGGGAUUUUGCUGAAGAAAAUUUAAAACGGGUUUAG